AUGGAGGACCACGAAGACCCUCUUGUCAAGGCUUUACCUCCUGCCACUGACUAUCUUAGCUAUCUCACAAUUCUUGAAUACCAGCUGACUCCCGCCCGCCUCCCCACGCUUCAUCGCCUCCUUCAGGAUGAAACGCUGACAACAAACAUUGGCUGGGAUCUCGUGCAAUUGUUACUCCCAUUGCUACCGGCAUCAGAAGAAUGCCUCCAGGAUGUUUCUAGAUUGGGAAAUCCACGAGAAGUCAUCCUUCGCGUUUCAGACGCCCUGAUGACGCUGCACCCUUCGGAUGAUGAAGGAAUCAGCGAUCACGAGGAACAAGGUGUACCGCAGGACAGCCCGGCAACAUCCCUGCAUGCCGCGGAGAAACGGAUUCCACUGCAUAUUUUGCAGUUCAACAGCCUCGUCUCCAUGCUCGCCACUCUGCACUCCAGGAUAAAAACCAAAUAUCCAAGUCGGUUUAUUGCUACCUCUCUUCAUGCUGCCCUGGAAGCAUAUACGGAGUAUCCCACGGUUGAAACCACCGCAGCGAUACUCGAAUUUUUAAGGGAUAUAUCCGGUAACAAGAGGCCGGCGCUUCCCCCACGAAAUGCAGGCGAGCAGGUAGUUCCUCGCGUUACCAGCGGGUCAGCACCAGACCCCGAAGCGGAACCGCAGUCGGAUAAUGCUCUAUCACAAGAGAGAAUUUUGACGCAAAGGCUGGUGCAGUUCGGACUUAUAGAAGUGCUGAAAGCGUACCUUCUAUCUUGCACAGAUGAACAGCCACCAGGGAUGCAAUGGGCCUUGCGGGUACAAGAGAGACUCGACCCGGGUGCUGUAACCCCAGGUCUCAGCUUAAUAGAGCAUUUUAACCAGGCAGAAUAUGCUAAGGAAAGAGAUUCAACCAUGGGUAAAAUAAUUGCACUAUCCAGAGACUUUGGGUUGGACACAAAGACCUUACUUCAGGUUGUUCUCAAUCCGGUCGAGGACCAUGAUGCGCCUCUGGAUUUUGAGGCUAUGCCAAAAUCCCCUGAGGACAUUCCAUUGGAACGACAUGGUUGUCUCAUCCUGCUUUCGGCACGGUGUGCGACUGCCGCUCUCUUCGGGUCAACAGAGCCCAAGAUAGAUAUACCCAUGUACCCGGAUAUCUCUAUAAUUUUUGCAAAUUUCCUAGGGAAUAACGAGAAGGCAGCUGCGGAAGAACAGAUUGCAAUUCCAGGUCCAGGUCCACUGCUCGAUUCUCUCCUGGCUCUCGCCCUGACAUCCAGUCACUGCGGCCCAGACAGCGCCCCUCAAGCCGAAUCUGACUUUAGUCAACUCAUUUUGGCUAUGGUGGCGUGUGUACGCGCCCCACCGAUGCGCCCAAUCAGCCGCAUCGAAAAGAUACCUUCUGAAAUUUUCCGUGCGAACUCCAACGCCCAAAGCAGGUAUAACCUCAUUCUACAAAUAUUCCACGAUGAAGGCCUUAAAUACGCAAAGGAAUCCGCCCUAAACUGGCUGAAACAAGAACUCCUCGACCCCCCGGCCGGCCCAGAUGCAUCUAGCCCCUUUACAGACGUGGAAUCAUUCGCUACUCUCUUCAAAUCUCUCUACAGUCCGCCUCCAGACGAUUUCUCCAAUCUACGUUCUUCGUCGACGCAGGUUAUAUUGAUCGAGUGGAUAAAGUUCACGAGCCAGGAGGCUACUUUUUACAUUUUGGCUCUUAAUUUCUACUAUUUCCUGUGCAGAUCAGAGGCGUUGCGCGAGAAGCUUCAGCUCCAAACGUUGGUUCCAGUAUUCACCGAGAACUUUCUUCUCCCGGUGAAGAAGUUUGCACAAAGUAUCCGUGAUGAUGCAGGGGUUAGCGAGACGGUUGAACGGGAACUGGACGAGAGUAUACGACUGAUGGGAAAAUCCGCAGCCGAUGUGGUCUUACAUGUUAUCGGGGAAAUUGAGAAAGUGGGCUGGAAGGAUUGA